AGGUGCAUGCCUCCAUGGCCAUGGGUCACCUCCUCCAUGUCAAGCCCUUCUCUUCUCCUCCUCCUCCUCACUCCGGUGACCUCAAGAUCGUCAAGAUCAAGCACCUCCUCCACGCCUUCGUCCUCAAGCACGGCGGCCGCCUCGCCGCCGUCGCACUCGGCGGCGCAAAGGCGCUGCUCCUCGAUAUUGCCCGGGGCAGCGUCAGGCUGAGGAACAAGAUCAGGAGGAGGACGACGACCAAGAAACCAUGGUGCGGCGGCGGCGACGGCGACGGCGAGAUGAUGGCAAUGCACCUCAAGCUGCUGCUUCCCGCUGCCGCCGUGACGCGGCCGUCGUCGGAGACCGUGGCCGGCGGUGAGAAGUUCGACCCCGAGCUUGCGUACUACGACUCGUCGUGGAACACGAUGAUCCCCGCGGAGCGGCAGCUGCUGCGGCCGAUCAGCGGCUACCUCAGCUGGCCUGAGAAGGAGGAGGAGGAGGACAACAACGAUCAGGGACAGCGAGAGGACGACGACGACGAGGAGGAGGAUGGACAGAACGAGAUCGACAAGCUUGCAGACAAUUUCAUAGCCAGAUGCCAUGAGAGGUUCAUGCUGGAGAAGCAGGAGUCCUACAGGAGGUUCCAUGAGAUGCUGGCCAGGAGCUUGUAGCCACGGCUCAAAUUCUUUCAUCUGGUGGUUUAAUUUUUUAUUCAUUAGGAGUAAUUCUUUUGGUUUACAUUUUGUUCAUGUGGGAGUAGCUGAUUAAUUAUGGGUUACCUGUCAGAGCUCAUGAAUUCAGUGGCUGGUGAGGUUGAUCACUGUGAUGUUAAUUUAUUUCCUUCAA